AUGUCGUCCUCUUCUGAUCUCGAUAAGGAGCUCGUUCGUGUAUCCCUUCUUGCUUACGUUGUGAAUCUAUGUUCUCGGACUCGCAUGGAACUACAUUCUCAGCACUAUGGCGAACUUCUAUCUCUCCGACAGACGCAUGCUGAUCUUGAGAAAGGGCGUGGUCAACUGGGAAAUUUAUUGGGGGAGUUGCAGGCUGAGCUAGAUCAUGUAGGGUCAUUGUCAGUCAAUAUAUCUGAGAAGGCCAGUCAGUUAGCCGAGCAGUUGGCUCAAAUCGAAGUGAAAACUGAUCAACCUAUCGAUAUUGAUGAAGUGGUUGAUACAACCGCACCUUUAUACAGACAUUGA